CUAAAAGACACGCAGAUUACACUGAAAGCGCAGCAGUCAAAAUUAAUUGUCUUUGAAGCCAAUCCCUGUUUCCAUUAAAUACAGCUUGUGGUCACUCUCUUGUAUGGCAGCUAAGCUCCCAUUGUAAUGUAAAAUAGCAUAGCCAGGUGUAAUAACCUAUAGCAGCUGGAGCUACCGGUACCUGCUCUCAGGUAAACAGAGAGUGAGAAUAAAUGCAUUUCUGUCCCGGCUGUUUACACAGGAUCUAUGACAGAUUACCUGAACACUCAGUGUAAUUAAUCACACAAUGGUAUUCUCAUGCACUAUUGUAAUAUUGUUUUGUAAUAUGCCUGCGUUGUGAACAUGUGGUUAUGUGUAAUCCUGGGGGGAAACCUAAAGAUAGCUGAGCAGACAGGGAUGAUAAAAACUGAAAUUCAAAAGCAAACCACCAUCAGAUAAGCUGCUCGCAGUCAGAGAUGUUUUUCUCCAACAGUGUGUGGAAGGCUGUCAUCUCACUGAUUCUCCUAACAGUCGGAUGUGGGCAUGCUGCAACCACCUGCAAAACACGCAGAUGUCUGGCUCACAUGUUGAUCAAGAAAGAACAUUUAUCUCAGCCACAGAAUGACAACUGCACCCAAACUAUCAGGGUGCCUUUCAUUGAGUACCAAACUCUGUCUGUUAAAACCAAGGAGCUUCGACUAGUGAGUCAAAUUCGAGCCACACUCCUAUGGAGAGACCCGGAGUUGUCAUGGAACACAUCAGAGUACCAGUAUGACGAAGUUGUCCUCCCAGUGGCUAAUGUCUGGACCCCCGAGAUCCAUGUAACAAACGGAAUACUAACAACCAUGAAGCACAGCUCCCGUGAUCUGAUCGUGUUCAGUAAUGGCACAGUGAUGCACUCUGUGAUUAUCAAUGCUGAGGUGAACUGUGAAGUCAACUUGUUUAACUAUCCUUUCGCUGGUGAUGAAUGCCCUGUUGCUAUCCAAACCUGGGAAACCAAUGGAUGUGGUACAAAAAUGGAUUUUAUUUUUGUGAAAAUGGUUGAUGGUACCCAUGGAGACUGGCAAACAGAUUAUGCAUCCCUAGAGAAACAAGGAGAUGACCGCGAUUACAUCAAGGUGGGACUGAAAAUCAAAUUUACCAACCCCUUCAUAACUCUAAUGCUGCCCAGCAUUCUCAUUGUUUUGGCUGAUAUAAUCAGUUUCGCUCUGCCACUGGGAGGCGGUGAACGCAACUGUUUCAAGGUCACACUGGUUCUCAGCUUCACAAUGUUCCUUGUCAUCCUCAACGAGGCACUCCCUGGAGACAGUCAAUGCAGCCCCAUCAUCCGUCAGUCAGCAUGCAUGCAGACACAAACCCAUUCAAGCACUGAACAAAUACAUGAACAGGGGCGGAUCCAGUACAGAUAUAUACAGGGAAUUUGA